AUGUGUCUGAAGGUUGCCAGGGGAACCGUAACGUACGAGGACAGACUUCAUCAAGCCCUGAACUGGAUGUCUUUGGAGAACAGACGAGCCAAGCAGUCCGUCACAUAUGUAGUGAAGUGUACUCGUUGGUGGAUAUGCCCGCGUGGAAAGCCCGAGGGUCAAUGGAUCCAGGUAGACCUCGGUCAGUACACGGCCAUCACGGGGGUCAUCGUACAGGGAGACAGUUCGAGUCAUAUCCGAACCUUUGCUGUAAACUACAGUAAUACGGGCGAGUCGGAUGAUUGGCAGAAACUAACUGACAGAGGACAGACCGUACAGUUGAAUGGGGACAAUGGUAGAGGAAAACCUGUGAAUGUGACGUUCCCCGUGGUACUGAUGGCAAGAUUCCUCCGCAUACUUCCACUCACAUGGAGUAGCUCUUCUUAUUAUUGGCUAAGGUUCGAAGUGCUCGGAUGUCGAGUUCCCAGCAGCGGCGCCAUUCGAUUGGUGGGCGGUGAUGACAAAUGGAGCGGCCAGGUGGAAAUCUACCGCCAUGAUGCUUGGGGUGCAGUCUGCGAUAGCAGUUGGGAUAUGAAGGACGCCACCACCGUUUGUCAUCAGCUCGGCUUCAUCGAGGCUCUGGAGGCUAAAACGGGGUUGUCCAGCCGAGAGAGUGACCGGCCGAUCGUGAUGAAUCGAGUCGCCUGUACUGGAACUGAACGACGGCUGGCUGACUGUCCGUUUGUCUGUACCGGCUCUCAGCAAUGCAACAGCUCAACUGUAGCAGGAGUCGUUUGUAAACCAAGACCUGAUGUGGUUCGGUUGGUCGGCGGAUCUCGCACCAGCGGCCGAGUGGAGAUAUACCGUGGCGGCAGCUGGGGAACCAUCUGCGAUAGCAAUUGGAACGUCACCGAUGCGGGGAUCGUCUGCCGACAGCUCGGUUUUUCAGGCGCACUGGAGGCCAAGUCCGCUGCUCACUUCGGGCAGGGUAGCGGACCCGUCCAUAUGGACGGCGUGGCGUGCGAAGGAUCCGAAGAGAAAAUUACCGACUGCCCUUCCUACUGCUGGGAGGAGACAAGUUGUAGCCACUCUCACGAUGCUGGAGUGAUCUGUAGUGAUGGAAACACCGUAACAACCAACAAGUGACGAAAGCUAAACCGCUCCAGCAACCAGGAAGGAUAGGAGACCACACAUCAUCAUACACACUCAUCUCCUUGUAAAUGGACA